CCAAGCAGGGUGCUUGGCUCGUUGAUACCCGGUGGAAUGAGCCACCCAGCUUCUCAUCUCUCUCAUUUGUGUGCGUGGCGCUCUUUGGAAUGAGCUGGCGGAGGAUACACCUUCAGAUAUAAAGUGGCCAGCUCUAUCAGAGGGAUUUAAUUUAAGCGAAUGACUUGUAUCGAACGCACGUGGUGCUUCUUUCUACUUACUAAAAGAUCGUCUCUGUAACUGUGCAAAUUUUCAAGGAGAAAAGUGAUGUUCAUUUGAGACUGGCUGCAAAUACUGUAUUUCGAGGACUUUUCUUGAUUUUGAAGGUACAUCGUUCAACUGAUUCUAUAUGAAUAUUUUGUUUUAAUUGAAACUCGCAUUAAUGACUUAGAAUAAAGUGGUUUGCGUUAAAUUCCAAGAUGACAUAGAACGAAGAGUCUUGAGAUGAAUUGUCUACAACAUAAGACAACAAAUUGACUAGAACUACAAUCGGCAUUUGAAGCCGAUAUUAAAGGUAAAUGGAUACCAAUUACACAACAAUCAUGGAUGAUAUAGACACUGCUACAGAGAUCAUGAAUUCGACCAGUGGUCAUGAAAUACCUGGUCUUGCCUAUGACAGUGCAUCCCGGAUAGCUGCUCUUUCUAUCGUGUUUGCCAUCGGACUGGUUGGAAAUCUACUCGUCUAUAUUUGGCUGUACCAACAUCGGAAGGAACAGAACAGAAUUCAAGUUUACAUCACUUCGCUGACGACCACCGAUGUUCUAGUCCUUUUCGUCAUCCUUAGCGAGCUCAUUCAAGAACUAGAAGGUCGUGUGUGGAGGUCUAGCGAUGCAGCGUGCAGACUCUUUCGGCUGUACGAGAGCCUCGCGCUGAUGGCGAGCAGUAACAUGGUGGUGGGCAUCGCCAUUGAUCGUUACCAUUCGGUCAUCAGAGCCUUGAAGAAACCCCUACCUGAGCUUUGGGUCAUCGGGGUAGCCUGGAUGACGGCCUUUGUCUGUUCUUUACCACAGCUUGCAGUUUUCAGAAAGGAUUCUAAGACGCACGGGGCGUCAUUCUGCAUGACAGGAUUUGAAAAGUUGCCAAAGUGGCACAUACAACUAUACGUAACGUACGUUUCACUGGUCGCCUUUCUCAUUCCCUUUAUAAUCAUUUGCUAUACCUAUCUUCGCAUUCUCCUUCGCCUCUGGCUCGGUGGUGGCUCUUCCAUGUUCAAAAACAAGUCAAAGUGGCAGCGGACAUCGCGAUGGAGGACACUGAAGAUGACCAUGGUCAUCAUCUCCGCCUACGUCCUGUGCAAUGUACCAUUCUUCAGUAUGCAACUCAUACGUGUCUAUGUAAGUAUGGAAAAUUUUAAUAUGGUUAUCUACGGAAUUUUUGGCAUUUUUGCCUCAUGCAACAGCGCAACGAACCCGUAUGUUUUCCUUUUCUUCAAUGUCUGCAAGUCAAAGAAGGGUUAUGAGAAGGCUGGGUCGACGCAGCAGACCAGUCUUGAAGCGUCGAACGUUUCAGCUGGCCCACGCAUAUAUCGGGAAACACGAUUAAGCAACGGCAAUGAAAAGGUCCAGCAAAUUCCCUAAAUAAAGUAUUCUGAAAUAUGCGGACCCCUUCCCCCUUUCCCGCCUCCCAAUGAACCUGGUCACGAUGCUUGAUGAUAUUCUAUCAUGUCCAUAUGGACGUCGAAUGCAACAACGACAGAGACGUUGACAAAACUUUGAGAUCGACCUCGCCUUUACUGCAGAAGAAUUCAACAAGCGAAUUGGAGAAAGGAGGAGACAUGGAAUCAUCUAAUUGUUAUGGUGUCAGGGAUGUGUAAGCACAGCUUUCAGUGUGGUGAGUGAGGGAUUCCUAGCGACUUCAAUUAGUGAUUAAGUGCUUGAACCUAGAAACUCAAAACGAGGUACGAUUGAUUUCAAAGCAUCUGUGCAUCGACGACAAACAAUCAAGUGAUAUAAUGUGGAAAGCCAUCGACUUUAUUUUUCUGUAGAAAUAUACAUCCCGAGAAGUCAAAAGUUAACGACUCGUCAUACUCUCUAAUCACGUUAAUGCCAAGAAGGAAGGAAGACGAAGUACGUUGACUGGUAAACCUAAUUAAGCCAUUCGCGUUUGAAACGUCGUUAUGGUCUCCGCCCAAGAGAUCAAGCACUCAUCCUAAUAAAGUGAAUAUUAAAAGGUAGCUAGCCAAUUUGAUUAUUUAAUCCAACUAAAAAGUAUGCAUAAUAUAAUCCUUAAAAAUGCAAAACGGAGUGAAGAAAAAAGUCGAUAUUGAAAUUAUAUUUUAUAUUUCUUUAAAAAAGCCUAUAUUGCAGUUGGAUUUUCUUUUAAAAAAAGUUGUUUCACCAUGUUGACUACAUUUUUCCUGUCUUAAAACUACGCGUGUCGAACCUUGCAAUUAUCUAUCAGGUUUGAUAAUAUGUUGCUUGAAAUGUAAAACUACUAAAUGAAUUUUGUCAUACAAACUUCGUAGCAUUUUACAACGCACAGAGAAAGCUAACGAUAACUGGUAAUACUUGAAAGCAACGAAGCAAAGUAAUUUGGUCAGUUUGUAAAUAACAUAUUGUAUACAUAAUGUACAUUAUAUUGUGUUGAUUUAUAUAUAAAUCUAUAUUGAUGUUUUGUGAUAUGUGCUAUAGAACAGCUUUACAGGCUCCAAUUAUAUUUCGCUUCUGAUGUGUGGACCAUUAUUAUGUUUAUCUAAUGGAGAUAUCUCAGCUCCACCGUCAACGGGCUGCACCGGCUGUAUUCAAACGUAGCAAAUUCGGAUAUGGAUUCCAAUGUUAGGAUAAACAGUGUUAGCUUCCGUAGAUAGUCUUUUGAUCGUCGUUCUGAAAAAAAUACAACUGAUGUGUAUGUACGCAUGUACACUGUAAAAACGGUGUUUAAAAUUUUAAACAUGUUCUUUAAGCCCGUCACUCUAAAAGCUUUUUUAUUUCAACUUUCGAAACAAGUUACUUGUUGUUUGAGUGACAGACUUAAACAACGUGUUGUUUUUUCAUAUAUAUAUAUAUAUAGCAAAAUUUCCAAGAAUUAGCGAUUUGCAACCUGGAUUAAUCAAUAUGUUCUAUAAUUAAAAAAAAUCAUUAUGUUGAAGAUGGGUGGGAUAAAAAAAACUAAUCGAAUUGUCUGAAAUAAAUUUAAUUUUGAUCAUUUUAAUUUUUGUGAGAUUUUUACACCGAAAUGAAAAAAUUUAACUGUACGUAGUUUUCGUAGGAUAUGAUAUAAUACUUUUAAUGGAAACAAUUAACACGAUGGUGUAAAUCAUAAAGUAGUGGAUAGAGCGGGGGAGGUCUGAAGUGUUAAUUUUGACACGUGAGAAAUUGAGAAACCAAUAAAGAUACCCUUUCAUACUAACCACACCUUUUCCGAUUACGAUGGAAUGUUUCUAUCGUUGCCUAUUUAAUGUAAGCUACAGCCUUACGUGGCAUAUUUCAAUGACAUAUCAACCCCAACACAAUGUUGAUUCAAAUAAAAAGAGAAAAAUCCAACAAGCAUAACACUGAAAAUUUCAUC